AUGUCCGCAACACCAUCUUCAGGUGCAACCCUUGCACUUGUUGCCCAUUCCCUUGCUCCUGCCCAUUCCCAUGCUGCUGCCCAUUCCCAUGCUGCUGCCCAUUCCCAUGAUGCUGCCCGUUCCCUUGCUGCUGCUCAUUCCCUUGCCGCUGCCCAAACCAUUGAUGUUGCUCAUUCCCUUGCUGCUGCCCAUUCCCUUGCUGCUGCCCAUUCCAUGUAUGCUGCUCAUUCCCUUGCUCCUGCCCAUGCCAUUGAUGUUGAUCAUGAACUUGCUGUUGCCCAUUCCCUUGCUGCUGCUCUCUCCCUUGCUGUUGCUCUCUACCAAGCUGCUGCCCAUUCCCAUGAUGCUGCCCAUUCCCUUGCUGCUGCCCAUUCCCUUGCUGCUGCCCAUUCCAUGUAUGCUGCUCAUUCCCUUGCUCCUGCCCAUGCCAUUGAUGUUGUUGCUGCUGCUCUCUCCCUUGCUGUUGCUCUCUACCAUGCUGCUGCCCAUUCCCAUGCUGCCGCCGUUGCCAUUGAUGUUGCUCAUUUACUUGCUGUUGCCCAUUCCCUUGCUGUUGCUCUCUCCCAAGCUGUUGCCCAUUCCCGUUCCAUAGCUGCUGCCCUUGCUCUUGUUGCUGCUCUUGGUGUUGCUGCUGCACACCCUCCUGCUCCAACGAUGCCUACCCUCUGUUGCUCCCCCACCUGUCUUGCCUCUGUUGCUCCCCCACCUGUCCUUGCCUCUGUUGCUCCCCCACCUGUCCUUGCCUCUGUUGCUCCCCCACCUGUCCUUGCCUCUGUUGCUCCCCCACCUGUCCUUGCCUCUGUUGCUCCCCCACCUGUCCUUGCCUCUGUUGCUCCCCCACCUGUCCUUGCCUCUGUUGCUCCCCCACCUGUCCUUGCCUCUGUUGCUCCCCCACCUGUCCUUGCCUCUGUUGCUCCCCCACCUGUCCUUGCCUCUGUUGCUCCCCCACCUGUCCUUGCCUCUGUUGCUCCCCCACCUGUCCUUGCCUCUGUUGCUCCCCCACCUGUCCUUGCCUCUGUUGCUCCCCCACCUGUCCUUGCCUCUGUUGCUCCCCCACCUGUCCUUGCCUCUGUUGCUCCCCCACCUGUCCUUGCCUCUGUUGCUCCCCCACCUGUCCUUGCAUCUGUUGCUCCCCCACCUGUCCUUGCAUCUGUUGCUCCCCCACCUGUCCUUGCCUCUGUUGCUCCCCCACCUGUCCUUGCCUCUGUUGCUCCCCCACCUGUCCUUGCCUCUGUUGCUCCCUCACCUGUCCUUGCCUCUGUUGCUCCCCCACCUGUCCUUGCCUCUGUUGCUCCCCCACCUGUCCUUGCCCCUGUUGCUCUCUCACCUGCCCUUGCCUCCCUUGCUCCCUCACCUGCCCUUGACCCCCCGCCCAAUGUUCCCAAUGAUGCUGAAGAUGAAGACGUUGCUGCUGCGUUUGAUGCCUCCUGCUUUGCUGAGGCCCUUGUCCUUCCAAUGCCUCUCGCCAUCUGUCGGGCCCCCCAGCCUAUGUCGACUGUGACAUCCCUCGCAGUCAACAAAGUUGAUGGAAACGCGAGAUAG